AUGCCAAUCCCCACGCGUUCGGUUCCAGGCCGGGAGCCCCGUAAGCAGCCUGGCAAUCCAGGGCGUACAAUUCCAACCUUGAAACCUUCCACCGCCGCCUCACAAUCAACAGAGAUACCUUCCAAAGCCUCCCCCGCGAAAACUACCUCCUCUACCCUUCCGACUCGUCGCCAAAGCCUCAUCCGCCCAAGUCAGUUGAAGACUCCAUCCUCUACGAAGUCCACCACUGUUCCUACAAGCACGAGGACGAUUGCGCGAGCCCCAGAAUCUCCUGUCAAAGGCCCAACGCCCCCAGUCAAACAUGAUGGCACCGUCAAGCAGCAGAUACGGCCACUGUCGCCCAAGAAAACAGACAUGCCUCCCCCCGCGAGACCAGUUCGAUCGACCUCUCUGAGACAGCCCCCGAGUUCAAACUCAGGGACGCCGCCAGCGCUACGGGGGCAUGCAAGACACAGAAGUCAGAUUGUGACACCGGCUUCCAAAACCCCUCAGGUGUCAUCAGCUGCGACAACGUCCAGGACCCGGAAUCAGUUUUCAACGUACCAGCAACACUUUUCACCCAAGAAAACGCCUAAACCACCUACGCCGACACCGUCUGCUAAUGCGCAAUCUGAUCAGAGCUCUUCCCUGAUUCCUUCGUCUUGGCCCGAAGUUGGAGCGCUACAAACCGAACUUCUACAGCUCAGCCUUUUGCACAAGUCUGGAUUGGAACGCAAUGAUCAGCGGGAACGAGAUGCCGAAUCGAAGCUACGGAGGAAAUACGACUCGGUCGCAGGAAACUACAGGGCCAUCUUGGACGUGGAGAAGGAGACACAAAGACAACUCAAUGGGCAGGCGCUGCAUCAUUGGCUUAAGAACGCGCGCGAGCAUAACGGGCAGCAAGGAUUCGCGGAGCAGAUCCAGCUUCUAUCGCUAAUUGCUCAAGAGGUGUAUGAUAUUGAUGAUAGCCACAGCGGGCGGUACACAAUGGCCAUCCUAGAGUUCGAGAGUUGGCUACAGAGAGUUGAAGAAGUGCAAGAGGCCCGAAUGUCACGCGUAGGAGGACAAUGUGCUGACGAUUUCAUUAACCCAAUUCACCGCGACUGGAAAGAUGAGACAAAUGCUUUGAUAAUGAAGCUAGAACUUGCAUCGAGGCAGCUUCAGAGUCUGGACAUUUCGGGCUACGGAGACUUGGAGGCGCUCGACAAUUCUGCAUUACUCCGAGUAGUCAAAAGUCUGGGCGCCUUAGUGCACCAGAUGGGCGAAGAACUGGGCAUCAUCCGCAAAAUUGAGGCUGACAUUGUGAAGUCGGAAACUACAUGGGUUAGUCAGCUAGCCCAGCAGUUGGUUGAGAUGCAACCACGAGCGGUUCCUGCGGCACCGAGAACCGGACUUUGGACGCGAUCAUCGUUCAAGUCAUGA